AUGGAUUACACAUUUAAAUUAAUAUCAGUGUUCGUCUUGGUGAUAUGUAUUUAUUUAUGUGAUGUGCGUGGCGACGAACAAACGUUGUGUCCACCGCAGAAGCUCAUUUUACCAUGUCGUUGUGCGCAAAAGUCUAACGAAAUUCAAUUAUGGUGUUCACACAGCGAUUUACCUCGUGUUUUGAAUGGCAUGAAAGCAGCUGCCAAAUUUAUCGAUCGCCCCAUCGAUGAGUUGAUUUUAGAAAAUAAUCAAUUGCCGUCGUUGCCAAGCCGAUUUUUCUCGCCGUUACGCAUUGUUCGGCUUAUGCUACGAAAUAAUGGUGUUGAACGUUUGGCCACCGGAUGGUUAAAUGAUUUGGAAUCAAGUUUGGUGGAAAUUUUCAUAGUCGAACGUACACUACGCAGUUUACCAUUCGAUAGUUUGGUUGAGUGUAAAAAAUUGCAGGCGGUCACAAUUCAAAGCAAUCAUUUAAAACGGGCACCAUCAUUUAUGGGACUAUUCAAUUUGCGAUAUAUUAAAAUUGAGGGCAGCGAACUGAUGGAAUUGCCACCGUAUGGAUUUGUUGAAUUGCAUUCAUUAGAGAAUGUUUACAUUGGCAGUAGCCCAAAACUGAAUCGUCUCGAAGCGGGAGUUUUUAAAAAUUUGGAUCUAUUGAAUACGCUAAAUGUGAAUGGCAAUGGAAUAAGUUGGAUUCAUUUGCGCGCAUUCACCAAUUUGCCGACAGUCAAAACGAUCGACUUAAGUCGCAAUGAAAUUUCAGAUGCUGGAAUGAUUGGUCGUGCAAUUAAAGAUCUUCCCAAACUUGAAAUUUUAAAACUUGAUCAUAAUUUUAUAUCAACAUUGUCUGAAGGUACAUUCGUUGAUUUGGCGUACAUAAAAGAAUUGUACUUAAAUGAUAAUUCAAUUGCUGAAAUUCAUCAUGGUGCAUUCCAUAAAACGCCAAGAUUGAAAUUGUUACAUUUGGAAAAUAACUUUUUGCGGCGUGUGCACCCGGAAUCAUUUUUACAAACAUCGGGCAGUGGUGUUGAAUAUUUGCACUUGCAGUACAAUGAAAUUUCAAGCAUAGAUGAAGUAAAAUCACUGUUGGACGCAUUGCCGAUGUUAAAAUUCUUGGAUUUGAGCUAUAAUAAGUUGGAAAUCAUUCCAUUUGGAUCGCUAAGAGGUCACGGAUCAUUGGAACAACUUUGCUUGGAUCACAAUUACAUCAGCCGUAUUGAACGUGAUGCAUUCAUGGCAAUGCCCGGUUUGCGUGAACUUCGAUUGAAAAAUAAUAGUUUGACCGAGAAUACACCGUUACCAUUUUGGAAUUUACCCGGUUUAAAAGGGUUGGAUUUAUCGGAGAAUAAAAUAUCAAUACUAAAUGAUACGCUGCUCAUUGGUUUGCCGUCAUUACGUCGACUCGAUUUGAGUAACAAUGAACUGAUUGAAAUUGAUGCGCAUAGUUUUACAAACAAUUUAUUUCUGGAAACAAUCAACAUUUCGAUGAACAAUUUGAUUGAAUUGCAUCCGGCAACAUUUCGAAUUUUGAACCGUCUAUUCGAAAUUGAUGCGAGUUACAAUGAACUGAAAGAAAUUAUCCCGGGCCUACCGCGUAUUGUCGAACGCAUCAAUGUUGAAGGAAAUAAAAUUACCAUGUUACCAAGUACAUCAACAAAAUUACUCGAUCUACCGAAUUUGCGUAUGCUUAACCUGGGCGCAAAUUUACUGAAUAAAAUACCGAAAAAUGCAUUCAGCACAUUGUAUCAAUUACGAAGUUUAAGUCUUGCACAAAAUCGACUGCGUACGAUAGACGAGCACAGUUUUGCCGGCCUAACCCGUUUGGAAACAUUAAAUUUACAAGAUAAUGGAUUGGUUGCAUUGCAUGAGCGAGGAUUUUCACCGAUGAAAGAUUUACGCGACUUGAGUGUCGAAGGUAAUCGAUUAGAGAUUUUGCUUGAAUGCAUUUCGGAAAAUGAACGAUUGGAACGAUUUGAUGCGUCACGAAAUAAUAUCAUGGAAAUAGCACCAAAUACAUUUGCCAGAGCUAGACAAUUGCAAACACUUGAUCUAUCGCAUAACGCUCUUAAGCAAUUGCCACAAAGUUUGGCCACUUUAACCGAACUACGCGACGUUGAUAUUAGUUUCAAUCGUUUGACAAUGCUUCCCUUCGAAAUUAUAACAGCAUGGCGUAAAAUUGAAAUACUCAAAGCGUCCGAUAAUAAAGUGACGGAAUUGCCGAAAAACACAUUCACCGAUCUACCGAAAUUACAGUAUUUGGAUUUGUCAAGCAAUGAAUUGAAAAUCAUUGAUUCGGGAUCGGUGAAAAAUCUACCGGAAUUGGAAGAACUUGUACUUGCUGAUAAUCAAUUGGCCGAAAUUGGUGAGCGGUCGUUUGAAGAUUUACCAGAUUUACAAGCAUUGCAUUUGCAAAACAAUUUCCUUCGAUACAUUUCGCCAAAGAGUUUUUAUCGCACAAAUUCCAUCGUAUACUUAAAUUUGUCGUACAAUAAUUUUGAAAAUAUGGAGCACAUGGGUUUGAGUAGCGUUCGAAAUUUGGAAGUUCUCGAUUUGUCUGGAAAUAAAGUGCGUCGCAUCGCAACGAAUCCAUUGAGGAAUUUAGAUUGGCUGGUUGAGUUAAAAAUGGACGACAAUCAUAUUUGCAAAGUGCAAGGUGAACCAUUUUCAUCGAUGCCCCGACUUAAAGUAUUAACUAUGCGAAAUAAUCGAAUGGUGUCUGUCACAGAGCCAACGUUCAGGCAUUUGCGAAGCAACCUAGCGGUUCUGGAUUUGGACGGUAAUCCAUUAGAAUGCAGUUGUAAUAUAUUAUGGUUGCGUGCAUGGUAUCAGGAAAGUAAUUCAUAUCCGGGGCCAAGAUGUCGAGAUGGUAAUUUGUUGACAGAUAUGCGUAUUUCGAAGAGUGAUUGCGAUUCUUCGAACGAUAGUCGAAUGAAUCAAGUGUUGCUAACAAACGAGCAUGGUGAUGUUUUCAAACGUCAACUCAAUUUGGAUGAAUGUGACAAUGAGCCGUACAGUGAAACCGAAAAUAUACCCGCAUCACCAAUUGAAAGUGAAUAUUUUUAUGAACAAUUUAUUGAUUAUCCACUGAACGAUUCAGCAACGGAACAAAGUGGUGAUUUGCGUCAGCCCGAUCCGAAUUUAUCUCCAUUUAGUCGAAAUAUGACGCUGAUUCGAAAUGAUACCGUUCUAAAUUACGAGCAACAUAAAUUGCAACAAUUGCAUAAUAAAAAUAACAACGGCGGUUCUGCGUUCACAUUUUUCGGUAUGCCAUUGCCGAGCUUAAGUAAUCUAUGGGGUGGCGGAAAUACAGCAAGAAAAUCAACAUCACGUGCUGAUAUUGAUGCGAAUGGAAAAUCACGUUUGAGACAUUUUCGUCCUCGACCUGGUGAAAUUGUUGAAAGUUUUCAAUUUUCGAACAAUAUACAUUUGCCGACCCCAGUACCACCUUCACUGUCACAACCACAGAAACCAACACCUCCAACGCUGAACGAAGAUAAAGAGCCGACAAACAUUCAUCCACCGCCUCCGCCGCCAAUUUUAAGCGGUGAAUUUAUACCGCCAAAUUCAAAUGGAUAUUAUGCAUAUUCGGAUCCAAGAGUCGAAAAAGGUGGAUUUAUUCCAAUGUUGCCAGGUCGAAAGGGCUUCACGCCAAUUCAAAAUCCAUACCCAAAUGACACCGAAACGGAUGAUGUUCAUGAAACCGUUAGCACCGAAUUGAGGCCAAAUGUUAAUUUGGAAUUUGAUGAUAGUUUCGAUGAUGUCACUGAUAAUAAAUAUCCGGUUCUUGUUCCGACUGUGAGUGCUGACCGACCAAUUCAAAAUACACCAUCACAAUCAUUUAAUGUUUCAUCAUUGAAAAAGGGUGAAAUCACUGCACCGACAAAAAGUUCGAAUGGCAUAUUAUUAAUACGAUCAACUCCUUCGCCCAUCACGUCUGCAAUAAUAACAUCAACAACAACACGACGAACAGUUACGGAACUAAAUGCCGAUCGUAAUUUACACGAAAUCGAUAGAAAUGGUCUUGAAAAUGAGCAAACUACAAAUAAUAUUCAAAAAAUUUAUAAUAAUAGCAAAAUUCCAAAAACAUCGAAUUUACUGUCGAAUGGUGUCGCUUCGACCACGCCAUAUUAUCCGAUAUUUAUGACGAAUUCAAGCGAUAUUAUAAAUUUAUCAAAAAAUCGGGCAUCAGUAAAUGGAACAUCCGGAAUUGCAGCAGGUAGUGCACUAUCAGCACUUGUGGCACCUGGAGCUCAACAGGGCAUUCACCGUACUGCUCCCGGACGAUCAAGUAUUACAAAAGUAUUUAAUAAUACGAGUUUUGCGCCAACGUCAAUUCCUCAAAUGCAAUCCACCACAAUGAUACCCACCUCGACACCAAGCACAAGCACUACAACCAUCUCUACUAGCACCUCUUUUAUGACGACAACAACGAAAACAACAAAAACAACAACAAUUACGACAACAAAACAUCCAAUUGCACAAAAAUUACCCACAGCCGAAGAGUAUUUGCGAACAACAUCGCAAGAUAACAGUAUCAGAGAGAAUACAACACCAAACAUUCAUCCAAACAAAACACCAAUAACAAAUGAUCUUGAAGAUCAGGCGACACAAUACAAGGGCGAUAUGAACUGGUAUUACAGCAAUUAUAAUCGUAGCACUUGGAAAGAGCCACAACUUGAUCCAGGCCUAUAUCGAUUUCGAACAAAUUCGGGAACCAGCUAUUCAACUGCAUCACAUUUUACCAUUAUAAUGUUUACAUUGAUUUUAGCUAAAAAACUUUUAAACUAA